AUGAAUGGCAUCAAAGUGUCUAACGAUUGCGGUCAUAUAGUGACCAAACGGACCAUCUCAAUGUCUGUCUACCGUUUUCUUUUCCUGGCUACCGUAUUCGCACUGUUGCCAGCAAUUCAUGGAAGUGUGGCUUGUUCAUUCAACUGGGAUGGUAAUUGUACUGUAAAUGCGGGAAGAGACGAGGUCAUGGAACUUCUCAAAAAUGAAAACCAAACUAUCAACUGGAAGAUUCGUCCCCAAAAUAUUGGAUUCAUGUACUAUUUGAGAACAUCGGACGAGGGUGAUGAUGUAGGCAUAAGAGGAAUUGUCAAAUGGAAGGUGCAACUGAAAUAUUGGUCUACUAACGACACUACUGUAGAAGGAUUUUUGGUCAGCAUCGUGGAUCAUGAUACAAAUGAUACUGUAGCUAGCUACGAGUUGAAUGUACCCGAACCUUUUGAGGAAUUUGCGGAUAACAAUGAGAUUCUGGAAAUGCGCUUGGAAGUGGAUGACGUCUUGAAAUUUAAUAAAAGAUAUGAUGCGAAGAUCAACAUUCUACCGAUCGGCAAACAGGCUGCAGCAUCAUCGUUCCUUUCGGUCAUGGAAAAGCUGGACAACGAGCAUUGCUCAGCAAAAACAGGCUUGGCCGAGAGAUGGGCACCCCGCAUCAUGGUUGAUGUUUUUGAAGCGACGUCAGAGAUUGAGGCGUACUGGAAACCAGCUCCAUCAUUCUUAUGCAUCAAAUCAUAUGAACUUGUUCUUCUGAAUCGCGAAGGAAACGUCCUAAAUACUACAGAAGUAGAGGUCAUCCCUGGCCAAAAGAUCGGAAACGCAACUUUUGGAGGGAUCGAGAAGGAUCAAAUGGUUCAAGUCAAGAUUCGCGGUAAAACCGCGUCUGAUGGCGGCUGUGCAUGUGUUAAUUGCAAUUGUAUAACUGAUAAGAGCAGGUUCUUUGUGAUACCACAUGCUGUCAAGAAGACUGUAACGGUGACAACCCCAAAAUCAACUUAUCAACACGAACAAACCAGCUACACAGUCUUGGACAUCUUAUGCUAUGUUUUUGGAACUUUGAUACUCAUCGCACUCAUCUUCUGUAGCUGCCUCUGUUGCACUAAACAUCAAAACACGAUUUUCAAACAGAAAGUUGCAUUCAAUGCUCUCAAAACUAAUCGCUAUCCCAACAAGAAGGUCAAAGCAAUCAAAUCCUACAAAGUGAUGGUUGUGUGUCCAGAGGUAACAGGAAGGGAUUACGACUAUAUGAUGCGAAUUGCCGAGGGAUUAAAGAAAUCGAGUAACACAGUUGUUUGCGAUAAAUGGAAGGAGAGUUCAAGAGACGUCGAGGAGAACAUGCUUCAUUGGGUUUACGAACAGAUUCGUUUGGCUGACAAAAUUCUUGUGUUCCAUUCAGACAGCCAUAUUGCGAGAGUUGGGGUCUACGAAAUUAUGGAGAACUUUUAUCCGAGCACCGAUCCCCGACUUAUUCAUGUUGCCCUCACCCCAAGUGCCCAGAAGAAUGUUCCACGAGAAAUUCAAUAUGUGAUGCCGCGAGACCAGAAACAUCUAGAAGAAGCUUUCGGUAUGACUAUUGAGAAUCCGCUGGUUAUUGAUAUUCCAUCGGAUGAUAUGAUCGUUCCGGAACACGGAGCAGUCCAUCGAGACAGCUGUGAGAGUAUCUUGGAAGGACAGCAGAACUCGAAAACUCAUAGUACCGAUUCUGGAGUUUCUUCAAUGUCGAGCAACAGUUCCCAGUCCGGAGGGAGUGCAGAGUCAGCUCAUAAAAUCACCGACGAAAUUCUACUGAAAGAUAUGGUGAAUGUGGAGUCUCAUCCUCUUCUUCAACAAUCAAUCGAAGUGGUGUGA